GCCGACGUCGUCAGUCUUGUGCCUGUUUCGUAGCGAUUCUGAUGCGCUUCCUUUUGUGUCCUGCCUUUCGCCAUCAUCAGUGCCCAAACUCAAACUUGACCGGAGGAGAGGUGGUGUUUUGUGUGUUGUUUCUUCAUUUGCGAAUUCGCUUUGCGAGUUUACAAAACUUUUCACGGACUGUUGCAUUUGCAUUAUUUGGUUGUGCGUAAAUAGGAGUAUCGGCGCGUGUUCAAUAGGCUGCUAUUGCCGUUUUGAAGUGAAUUUCUAUCAAAAUCAAUCGCAGUGGGCCAUCACCACGCAAGUGCCAACCAGCCAGCAGCAGCCGAUAGAGUGACUUGCGCACCUUAGUAGGCAGGUAUAGGAGAAACGCGGUUAGCCUACGAGAGAGUGAGUAGGACGGAGACAAUCGACGAAUGCCAUUAGGUGCCCCGAUUAGGGAAUUUAGUGAAAUUCCAGUGCGCCUAAGCGGUCCAAGUGCGUAUGGAUUUAGCUGUGAGUCGAUUCGAUUGAGGAAAAGCUAAGCAGGUGAAAUAGGUACUUAACUAAUCGUUAAGUAGUUUUCAAAGUUGAACUUAAGUUGCUUGAACACUGACAGUGCCUGUGCGAGUGAGACCAACGAGCUACACGGUGAUGAUUACGCUGAUGGUGAGACGGGUUUGAGCAAUUUUUUUUUAUUCCUUCGCUGUUUUUGGAAAUUGGAAAAUCAAGUUUGCGCGAAGGAGACGACAUACUCUGGGAAGGCUAGGGGGAAGUGAGCACGUUCCGUUAUAUUUUGAUGUGAUGUUGCUGUGAGCUGCUGGGACCUGGAAGAAGUUGCUCCUGGACGUAAGGAAGACGAAGAAAACGUGUUGUGACGAUAAUUUAGUUGGAUGCGAAAUAUUUUCGGCAGAAAAGGUGAAAGAAUAAUUUCAUGCGCGACGAAGGACGUUUACGAGUGAGAACAUUGAAGUGAAGCGACACAUACGCGUUCGGUUGAAUAAUUUACCCGGAUGCAAACCGUGAGUGGUGCAUAAAGUCCCGAAAAUCCGGUUCUGGUGGCUGUUCGCGACAGGUUCGCCGUAACAGCUAAAGCAAACACCGUCAAGACGACUCAGUGCAGCGAAUAGGUUACCGUCACAUCGUUACAAGAAUACUAAUCAGCUGUAAAACAAACGUCAGCUACAUCGAAUCGCCAUCGUCGGAACACCGCACACGCGCACGCUGUGAGAAAUCUAAAAUCACAAUUAUCAAAACCAUCCGCAGCAUCCACACCUUUUAGUUGUGUAGACAAUUACUCAUUAUUCUAAAAAAUUAAGCGGUACGAUUGGCACCUUCCCGCCAUCAUCCAAACCGACGGCGAAACCGCUAGAAAAGUGCGUGAGCGCCACUCAUCUUUCCCGGUGGAAACAAUAGAACAAUUCGGCACGGCAAUCGGUUGUACCUGCCCCAUGAACAGAGAACAUCAACCGGCUGCUGGUGACGAACGCCGGAUACCGGAGGAACUCGGCGCUAGAAAAAGUGUAAUCUCCAUCACCAUCAGUCACCACUGCUGAAACGCUUCGUUAUUGUUUGUACAGAGUGUGCAAUAGGAUAGAAGACCAAGACCAGAGAGCAAGUGCACGGCGCGUGGCCUGAAAGAAGCAUAAUUGAACGAAGUAAUUUAGCAAUAAAAAAAGCAAAGCUAGAGUGUACAUAUCAGUAAAUGUGUCGAAACGAAACCUCAUCUUGAGGAGCCCGCUCGAAUUGUUCGCCAGAGUGUAAGUGAGUGCGCGUGUGUGUAUGUGAGCCAUAGAUUUCGGCGAACUUCAAGUGAAAAAGAAAAGCCCGUUGUUGUGCUGCAAAACCAACCCAUCAGGGAAACCUAAUUCCCAGCAAUUUCAGUACGAACUGACCGAGCGACCGCGGCUACUGGACGAGACGGCCAUCGCUGUGGGCUUGUGGAUAGUGCGGAGCAACAAGAAGCCAACAAAGCUGUGCAUCCAGCAGUGUAAGCCCCCUCGUGGCCCCGCCGGUGGAAGAUGUUAGUUCCGGGACAUGUGGUGUCACUGUAUGUGGCGACGUGCGGCUAUAACGGUGCGGCACUUGGUUCCGACGAGAAGGAGAUUGUUCUGCUGAUUUACGUAAUCAUCGAUGUGCAGACAAAUAAUAUCGUCGGCGUCAAGCAGUAUUUCGUGCGACCAUCAAACCCCCAGCAGGGUCGCGAACACCAGAAUGCCCUUCACAGUAGCAGCGCCAGCAGUGCCAGCCAGAACAACAUCAGCUCCAGCCAAACCUCGCUCGACCAGUCCAUCGGCACAACCUGCUCGUCGACGCAGUCGAACAACUCGACCAGCGGGGCGUCGUCGGCCACCUCGUCGUCGGGUGCCUUGCCCGAGUAUGCAAUCAGCCAGGAGAUACCCGCCAUCGAGUCCCUGAUCCAGUCCAAUGGGCGACCCCUGGAAGAGGUGCUCGAACAGUUCGAUUCCUACACGCGGUCCCUCCAGAUAGACCCCUGCGGGGGUAACUUUCGGUUGGUGGUGGACGGCCAGCUCCCCUUGCGGCAGUGUCUCCACCCGGAAGCCGGUGCCAAAGAUAUUCAGCUACCCGCGUACUACUGGCGAUUUGGCGACCUGCGCAAGGAGUAUGCCCGCUGCAAGGCCGGCGAUCUGGCUCGGGCCCUGGUGCCGGUGGCCGACAGUGCCAAGCUGCACACGAUGCCCCGGGUGCCGGCAGUGCUCGCCUCGGUGGCCGAAAUUAUGCAAGAUCUUGACCUUCCCGCAUUCCAAGACAACGAGUUAUACGUGAAAGAAGCUCGUGAUAUGGUCACAAUUAUCCAGCACAUGAUAUCAUUAGGUCAUAAAUUCGAAGCGAACGAAGUAGUGAAUUUAAGUUUAGAACCUGGAAUAUGCUCAAUCGAUGACGAAAUUGAUGGCACUUGCAUAGUGCGCGCACGUGGAUUGCCCUGGCAGAGCAGCGAUCAGGAUAUCGCUCGGUUCUUCCGGGGAUUGAAUGUGGCCAAAGGUGGAGUAGCACUCUGCUUAUCGCCACAGGGGCGCCGUAACGGCGAAGCAUUAGUGCGGUUCGUUUCGCAGGAACACCGUGACAUGGCGCUCAAACGACACAAGCAUCACAUUGGCAAUCGGUACAUUGAGGUGUACCGCGCAUCCGGGGAAGACUUCCUAGCCGUCGCCGGCGGAGCAUCGAAUGAGGCGCAGGCGUUUCUCUCCAAAGGUGCUCAGGUCAUCAUUCGUAUGCGAGGGCUUCCGUACGAUUGCACCGCCAAACAAGUGCUCGAAUUCUUUGCCAAUGGCGAAAACAGCUGCACCGUGCUGGACGGCUCCGAUGGAAUACUGUUCGUGAAAAAGCCGGAUGGUCGGGCUACCGGCGAUGCGUUUGUACUAUUUUCGCAGGAAACUGAUGCCCCGAAGGCGUUGUCCAAGCAUCGAGAAUCGAUCGGACAGCGCUAUAUUGAGCUGUUCCGGUCAACGACAGCCGAGGUUCAGCAGGUACUGAACAGGUCGAUGGAUCCUAAGACGUACGAGCCGCCGCAGCCACCAUUGAUUGCUGCAUUGCCACCAGUGCAGAUGCCGUUGCUACCGCAGCAUGUGAUUACGAGUGGCACGGAGAAGAACUGCAUUCGAUUACGAGGGCUACCGUACGAGGCUAAGGUGGAACACAUUUUACACUUCUUGGAGGACUUUGCUAAGCACAUCGUCUACCAGGGAGUGCAUCUAGUUUACAACGCACAGGGUCAGUUUAACGGGGAAGCGUUCAUCCAAAUGGAUUCGGAGACAGCCGCCUACCAGUCGGCCCAACAAAAGCACCACAAAAACAUGAUGUUCGGUAAAAAGCAGCGAUAUAUUGAAGUGUUUCAGUGUUCUGGUGACGAUAUGAACAUGGUCCUGAACGGUGGAUUCCAGCAGCCGACGAAUAUCUCCAAGCCGCCGCUGUUAUCACCCGGCGGUACCAUCGUAGGAGCUCCGUUCGGUGGCUUUAGCCCGUUCGGACCACCACCGGCAGCGGUCCUAUCUCCCAGGGCUCACCCGCAUCCGGCAUUCUACCCCCAACCGAUUCUCUACUGGGGCUACCCCAGCCCCCCGGUUUCGCCGACCACGUACUACGGAGCCCCGUCGGCUGCGGCCGCUCCGCCUCACCAUCAUCUACCACCGAACAUGCCUCCGCAUCAUCACCAUCAACCGGCGUUGCUCCCGGUGUCAUCGGAUCACCACCUACAGCCGCCGACGAACCCGGUCAGCUCCGUGGCUGGUUCCCCCUCCGGCCGAGAAUCACAGCAAUCGUCUACCCCGCAACCCCAGUCCCCUUUGUCGCCCAUUCCACCGCCCUUUCCUUCGGCCCGCCCUCCGCAACAGCAGCAGCAAGGUGGCACCACUCCGACGCCGCCCCUUCUAACCGUCAUACCGGCGUCCACUCUGACGAUCCCGAUUCCCAGCACUCACCUGCCAGCCUACAGCACGACGUCCUUGUCGCCGACAUCGCACCAGCAUCACCUUCCCCACCACCAGCAGCAGCAUCAUCACCCGCAACAUCAUCAGGGCCAUCAUGGGCAUCCGCAUCAGGGGAGUCUGCUUGCACCGCCCACCUACGAGCACCACAUCCACGAUAAGCUGGUCACCUCCCCGGGCAGCAUCCUGACCGCGGCCGGGCCCUCGCUCAUCCCCAAUCAGUACGUCGAGUUGUUCAUCGUUUAGUCUGAGUGUGCAUGACGACCAUAUCUGCCGACAGUAGUUGCCAAUAUCGGGCAAACCUGAAGAUGCGUUGUUGAAGCAAGUUUCGAGUGAAUGUUUGUCUUAGUGUAUGUGUGUGUGUGUGCGCGAGUCAUUCGUUUUGUUCUGCGUGUUAAGAGUUUAUUUAUAGAUUUACCAAAAGCAAUCAGAAUGUCUACGUCUCACGGCAAUCCGGCAACGAGUUGAUGUAGGAACAAUCGCAUUCCAACAACCUAAUCCAAGACAUACAUAUCAAAGCUAGCAGUUAAGACGACGAGAGAGAGAAAGAAAGAAGCGGACGCGCAUCGUAAAUGUAGUCAAGUUUAAUCCCACUUUACGAACGUUAAGUACAAUAGAUGAAGUAUAAAUUUUUGAGAGUACGUUGUAGUUUCGCAAUUUGAUUCGAAGCAGUUUAUCUAAGUUUAGAAGAGCUGUAUGGCGUAGAUAGAUAUUUGUAAGUUUUGCUAAAAGCAAUUCAUUAUUAUAUUUGCUCAAAGUUUUCACCUAACUGAUUACCACCAUAUUGUGCGUACUAAAAUAUGUUGUGCUCUAUUUAUAGUUUAGGCAUUAAUUGUUAAGUUUACUCUAUUCAUUGUUUUUUGUUCAUUGCUUAUAUAAUAUUUUUGUUUUAUUUUUUAUGGAACAACAAAAGAUUUACGUCUUCCAGAUAUUAUAGAUCACAUAAUGAGUCAUGAGUUUCGUGAGCAGUGUUUUCUUCAACGAUUGAUACGCGACCCACUCACACACAAAGUGUUUGAAUAACUAAAUUUUUGAUUGUAAUUUUUUUUAUAAGAAGCAUAAUUCGUUGUACCUCUAUUUGGUCUGGGUUCAGCAAAACCGCACCAAGCGGAUCUUUGACUGACUUGUAGUAUUUUGCUCACAAAACGAAAAAACGCUAGAGAAAAUUUCAUAUCAAUUCAUACGUACAUUUGAUGAAGCAUAUCCACAGUUAUGAGGUUGAGGGAUAUCCGAUACUAUUUGUGAUUAUUAAUGAAAAAUGGGUUUGUUGGCGCUUGGUGUGAUUCAGCAGAACCCCGAUCAUUUGACUGUAUUGAAGAAUAGUGGAGCCUUACCUCACUUACUUGCUUACCUUACCUAAAUUGCCAAUGGAGUUGAAUUCAACUCUAGUUGCUGUUGGCCUCAGAUGGCAGCAACGAUAAGGCACAGUGUUUGAUAUCCAAUUGUCAGCCCACAAGGCUCGAAUUGUGACCGCAUGCAUCUGUUGAUAAACACCUGUUGUAGUCGUUAGGUAUUUUUCGCUGAUGUGUUUGUUUCAUCGAUUUUACGUUGGAAUUGAAAAUUCGGAUUUUUGUGCGUUGAUAAAUCAGCCUGUUUUUUAAAAUGUUUCAUGAACUCGGAAAGGCAGCCUUUGUCUUCUUGAUCUAUGCGCCUAUGUUGCUCUUGGGACUGCCUUCUGACGCAUCUUCCAGCUUCCAACUUUCUCCACUGAUUACUGUGAAGCUGGAAGGGGUCGCCGUCGAUUUUAUUUUACGUUGAUGAUUGAACCUGCCUAUGAGAAGUAUUGGAUAGCCUUUUGGAUCUCUUGCAAUAACCAUGCCCAGGUGGUAGGGGGUUUGACUGAUACUUGGCUAUGUUGUACAAAGUGCUCGAACCAGCGUUUAACAUGGGCCUAUUGCAUUGGGUCGUAUACCCGUUGCGUCUUUCAAAGCCAGGUUUCUGUUCAGAAGCCUAAAAACACGCCAUUCUGCAGCUCGUUCGUUCAGAAGCACAAAUCGAUUCAUUUCAGAGAAAAAUCGCUUCCGAAUACCAAUUUUUCUAUUAAAAAAUCCAAAUGGAAUUCCUUUGGGUUUCUGGGUCUGUAUGCAAUUAUUUUGGCUUGUGAACGGAAUCCUUUUGCGCUUUCGAUUGUAAUUCUUUUGGACUAUCGAUUAGAACUGCUUCUAAACCAAACUUUUUUAGAUUUCCGAUUCUAUGCAUCUCCAAACGAAAUUAUUUUGGGUUCCCAAACGGAAGCCUUUUGGGCCUCCGAGCGAAACCUUUAGACUUCCGAACGGAAUCUUUUUGGGCUUCCGAGUUCCGAAUGAAAAAAAAAAACAAAACAUUUUUGAACUUUCGGUCUUUUUGGUUUCUUAACGAAAUUCUUCUGGGAUUCCCUUCGGAAGCCUAGAAAGAUUCCAUUCAGAAGCCCAAAUGAAUCCCAUUUCUCUACCUAUUUUAAUUUUCUCUGGAAUUUAAAAUCGAAGUUAUUUCUUGUGACACAGACAAACAGGCGUAACACGUAAAUUUAAUCCAUCGUUUAUGCAUUAUUUUACGCGAUUCUGCAUGUAGAGGCGCUAGCAAUCAGCCACUUUGAGAUUUAGCGCUUAGAAUAUCAAACAACUGAAGCGACGUUUUAGUUUGCAUUAGGUGCCUGCCAGAGUAGACGCGUCUACGCGACGCCGCGCGAAAACUGCACGCAAAGGAAUAACAGUCAAUAAUAAGGAGCUGUCAAAUCGUAUGGACACUUCGCUUCGCACUUCGCGUCUACUCUGGUCGCACCCUUAGGGGCAAGCCAAAAAAUGUUUUUUUCGGAACCUAACCUCACUUUUAAUUGCCAAUUCUCUUUUGUUGCUUGUUUUUGCAUGUUUGUAUGACAGUUACACUCCUUGCACACAGGACGUCAAUUUGAAAAUGCUUAUUAAAACAAAUAUAAUACAUUUUAGUCGAAAACAGUUUUGAUUUCGAGUUAUAAAUUUGAUUUACUUUUAGACAGAGAUGCAUUCUGAACAGAACAGGAGCCAAGAACAUUGAUGUUCUUAUAGUUUUAAUCUUUCAACACAGUUCAGUGUGCGCUGGGAUGGUACAGAAAAACGAUCAUGAUAAUAAAGGUUCCCAAGAUUUGGAACUAUGCAAAAACAUACGAGCUUGCUUGAUAUGCUUGAUUUCUAUCGUUAGAUCCUCACAUUUUUCAUUACUACUCUUGAACAGUGUGCUGUGUUCAGCUGUGCUGUUUUCAUCUUACUCUUGAACAGUGUGCUGUGUUCAGAAUGUUUUAAACACGAAUACGUUCUCGUGUUCAGAACGGGUCUCUGCGUUUAGUUUAGCAACACGAAAGUUGAAUUGUUGAUAAGUAGCCUAACAUCAAAGAAUAAUUUAUUAUUAUUCUCUGUUAACAUGUGCACUAGAGUGAUUCAAAUUUUGAAUUUUUUGCUCCCCCAUGCUUAAACGAUUACAUUUGCCUUUUUAUUAAUCCACCUAAAUUUUUAGCUAAUUUGGAAGUAAAUUGAGUGAGCACGCGCGGUUUGAAGUUUGUAUGAAAAUUGCUAUGAAAACAGUAACUUUCAUGGAAAACCGUUCCCCAACGCUUCCUUUUAAGCUCUAAGAAAAGUUAUUAAAAAAAUACUGAAUCGUGGGAAAUUCAAUUUAACACGUAAAAGAAUAACAUCAAUAUCAAUAAUGAGCAUUUUUGUUUUCUUCAUAACUUUGCUUCCAAACGAGAAAUCGCUUCGCAACAAUAACUGCCUUUCAGCUUGAGAAGUAUUCUGUGAAGGAAAUGUGUUGAUUAUAUUUGAAUAGUUCAUGGGCCACCUCACGGAACGGUCUUCCACAUAAGGGUCAGUUUUUACAGUAAUUUCCAUACAAACUUCAAAUGACGUGUGCACAGUCAAAUUACUUCCAAAAUUGCUCAAAAUUUAGGAGGAUUCGAGGAUUAUUAAAAUGGCAAAUGCAAUCGUUUAAGCAUCGGGGGGCAAAAAAGUCAAAAUUUGAAUCACUCUAAUGUGCACGCUAACCAGGAUCUACCCAGAAUCAUGACAAAGUGAUCAAGAUGGCAGCUGAGCGGCCAUGCGGCCAAGGCGAAUAGCAAGCGUCACUCAGUGAAACGCAAACAAAAAACAAGAUAACAUCAUCUUUUAUAACCUGUGAGAGCUACGCAUUGAAAUUGCUUUAAACUGUAAAAAAAUCUAGGAUACUGUAAUCAGAAAACCAAGUUGGAUGAUGAUGCAUUUCAGUCACGAGCUAACCCAAAUCCCGAUCCAGCUAAAUACUUGAAGGAAUUUACGGAAUUCCAUCCAAUUUUCCCAGCAUUGCUGUCUAGGAUGCAAUUAAUUUUUUGGGUAAAUUUCAGGGCUGCGAAUGGGAAGCAGUAUUAACAACUGAGAACACCUGCCAAAUGGAUUAAAAUGCCAUUAUUUAUAUUAUUGUAUAAAUGUUUUGCUUGUUUUCUGCGUAAACUAAUUGUUAGUUGAAUAUUUUGCCUCACAUUUUUGCUGGUCUCAAACAUUGGCGUAAUUAAUGAAAAUUUAUAGGGGGCUAACUUUUUUUAAAUCUUCUCUUUUUUUACAGUCAAAAUAAAAAAAUCAUCAUUUUUGCUCAACGCCUGACCAUAGGAGCUUAGCAAAGCAAAACAAGUCUGCGGACUUUAUAAAUCCAACCGAAACAAGUUUUUUCUUUAUUAUUUAGUUAACUCAAAAUUGCAUGGUGUUUUAAAGAAAAUUCUCGAAUUUCAAUAACCCUAGCGUGUUUUUUGCAAACAAAAUUUUUCGGGAAACAGCAGGAAAAUUCCCAGACCACUUUAUUAGACAUGUCUGCAGAAAGAACUGUCUUCAAAAUGUCUAGAUUUGGUACAUGCAUAAUAUACGUUUCAUUUGGCUGUUAUAUUUUGGCAGAGAUUUCUUGUAUAAACUUUUCAAAAAUGCCAUGUAUCUUUCAGAAUUAUGUUGGAAACGUAGAGUAAAAAGUUCUGACAAAACUCUGUCCAAGAGUAACAAACAGUGCCUUUUCGAAACUUGAACAAUUUGUCCGAAAUUUCAUGCAAUAUUAAGACCAUAAAAGCAGUUCACUGCCCAUGAUCGCAUAUUUGUAACACUCGCAUUUUUGUUCAUUCUGUAGAAAGCCUGUGAAUCGUCCAAAAAGCUUAAUUUACUGCAUCUAAUUCCACUACAGUAAAAUAGGCUUUACUACCUUGCCUAUCUGUGGUAAGCUGGAAAUGAUUGAGUUUGUGUGGAGGAUUGACAAACGAUUUACAAAAUCAACCAAAAUGCAAAUGUUACAAAUAUGCGAUCAAGGGCAGUUCAGCAUUACUUCAUUCAAUCAAAAUCUCAGAAAUUAUAAUUGAUCUAUUUAACUGUUACUUCAAUUAUUCAUUUUAUCAGCAUUGAGUUAGAAUAAAAUCGCUGUUCGCACUCCAACUUCCAUAUAAGCAGAUUUCUUACGUAUCAAGAGAGCGUAAUAUUUUUCGUGCUUGGCAUUCUUCUUAUGCAAAAUAUAACAAUUAUUCAAGGUUCGAAGACUUGAUCAAAUAUAUUCAAGCUGUUGUAGUUUUUCCAAGAAAUAGAUAAUGAAGAAAAUUCAUUCUCUGCUUCUUCUUCUUCUUCUUCUUAUUGGCAUUACAUCCCCACACUGGGGCAGAGCCACCUCGCAGCUUAGUGUUCAUUAAGCACUUCUACAGUUAUUAACUGCGAGGUUUCUAAGCCAAGUGACCAUUUUUGCAUUCAUAUAUCAUGAGGUUAACACGAUGAUGAUACUUUUAUGCCCAGGGAAGUCAAAACAAUUUCCAAUCCGAAAAUUGCCUAGACCGGCACCGGGAAUCGAACCCAGCCACCCUCAGCAUGGUCUUUCUUUGUAGCCGCGCGUCUUACCGCACGGCUAAGGAAGGCCCCUCUGCAUAUCAGCCCAUAUAUGUUCAGAGAGCAAAAAAUGCACAAAACUUAUGCAAAGUAACAACUUUUGUAGGAGGGUGUGGGGUACUACGUGAUCCUAUAGGCUAUUGACUUCUCCAAAGCCAGAAUCACCAACACUAAUGUCACUGUGUAGAAUGUAUAAAAUGAAAGUGGGUGGUAAUCCAGUUGCAGCAAAACUAUCACAAACACUUUGAAAGGAAUACAGUGGAAUCACGCACACUUUUAUUUAUUUGGAUAAGUCAAUAGAAAGGUCAGUUUUGUGUGAAAGAAACACAUAGAGUUAACUGAACGUAAGAACGGCUUAUGGAAAUUUGCCACAAGAAGUCGGUAUGAAUUUCAAAAGGUCGCCUUAUGAAAGAUUUUGAUUAAAAAAACGAAGUGCGGCAGACGAACCAUGAGAGUCGGAUCAUGAUUCGGGCUAGGAUAACAAUGCAUAGGACUUUGAGAAAGUUACAGAGCAACAUAAUCCAUCGCCAGUUACCGCAUACAGUCAGGUCUCCCUUUUUGGGCACCUCAACUAAGUAAGAUACCCUGCAUUUAGUCAACCGGGAUAGUUCCGGUACCCCAGAUAUGGCUGGAACUUGUAAAACUGUUUGAUGUGCUCGAACGGGCGUUUCAGCUGGUGACAGGAAUCGAUCCGUUGCGAGAUAUUUUUCGAUUAGGAGGCAAAUGUCUCCUUCAUCGGCUAAAGAAUCUGUCCACGCUCGCUUAUCCCGUCGGCAUAAGCGUUUCAUUUCUCCAGAACCGAGUAUUGUUGACGGACUAAAACUCUGGCUCCUCUGGUAUUUUUGUUCACUCUACGGCGGCCUUCACUUCUCUUUGUUCCUCUGGCUUCCUCCAGAUUUUAUCGGUGAUCUAUUGUUUUCUAUGGGUGCACCGUUCGCUUAGAUUAUUCUCUCUGAUGGUGAUCCGAAGACAUUCUUGAUGGUGGUCCAUUGCUCUUCCGCGCUGUCACUUCCCGGAAUCUCUGCAGCGCGAGUCUCCAGUUCUUACAAUCUUUACAAGAUACGAUCUGUGCCGUGUAAACAAUAUAGGCUUACUAUUCUUCGAUCGUCACCAACGAAUUGAUGUUCCAAUGAACUAGCAUUCAGGCUGAUCGAAUGCCGAGUGAAAUCCCACUGAACUCGAAACCAUCUCCCCGUGUUAGCUUGAAAAUACUUCACCGAAUGCACUUCAGAAUUCCACGAUUUUUUUCUUCGGGAUCGUUCUCCGGUAUAUCGUGCACUUUACCUUUUAGGGGUAACUGAGGCCUUUUGUCAUUUUUAGCUGUGUUCCAGGAAUAUUUUCAUGAAUGUUUACUACUGGACUGGUAGUUCGAGAUCCAAAUUACAUAGGGAAACUGUUCCGAUCCCCAUCUCAAUGUACAUAUAUCCAUCUCAACGCUAAACAAAGAAAUACGGCACUAAAUUCGUCGCUUCUUUUUGUCAACAUGCGUGCUCACUGCUGAAAAAAAUCACAAAAAUAAUAAACAAACCAAAUUCCUUUCCAUUGCUUUGUUUUUGAUGGGAUGGAAAUAGGAGCUAUGAGAUGAAGUGGCGAACCGUCCCCUACGUUGUAGUAAAUACUCUGGAAACACUGCUGAAAAUGUACUAAAAAAUGUCAAAGGGUCGUUUUGCCCCGGGGGGUGCAUAUUACCCCAGUUUCCCCUAUAUACACAACAAUCUUCCAUGGUGGUGCGAAGUUUUUACUUCUUCUCCGCCUGCUCAACUUCAUGCUUCUUAUCAUAUAUUGUCGGCGUAGCACCAAAUUAGAAUUCGGAAAUCUGGACUUCCGAACCGAACUGUUUUCCGAAGUUUUAUCCCUCAAACUAAUUGAUGCGUUGUUUAGCGCAUAUUUAGGCGAAUCUAGCGCACUACUUCCGAAGUUGGGGAAGUUGCCUGUAUCUGGAAAACAAUCCAACUUCGGUAUAAAAAGCGUAUUAACUUUGUUUCGGAUAGACAAUAUGUAAUUGCACUAUUCAUUGUGCCUGAACGGCCUGAACCAAGUUUUUUUUUUCACAUAUCUAUAUCUUUAUGACGUACGCACGCUGUUUUUAUGCAAAUAAUAUACCGUAAGGAUUGCUUGCUUCUUAUUGUUAACAUUUCGUUGAAAAAGGACAGACUCGUCUCCCCAUCUAUUGGAUCGAUCUGUUGAAUAAGGGCUAGAUCAUAGUAUCAGCAUCAUCGUUUGUAUUUCAGAACUGAAUUUUAAUACAGUUUUUAAGCAAAGUACCUACGGUUUUUAGCAUUUUCAAAAAUGCUAUGUUGCUCUGUAAUGGUAAAGCUUGCCAAUAAGACCUAAUUAAGGGAUUUCCAUUUUGUCCCGUAUGGUCUACUAUCUACGGCAUUUAGAUUAUUUUAAAUUGACAAGUGAAACUACAUUCUGUAUUAGGCAUCCGUCUUGGAGUGGGUCGCAUUCAAUUGGAAUCAAGAUCGAAAGCACUGCAAUCUAAUGCAAACAAUUUUGCCACUUAUUUCGCAUUAAAACUUCGCUUAACUUAAUUUAUGAAAUAUGUUUAAGUUAUCGUGUAAUAAAUUAUGAUGUUUGAGCAAAAUUAAAAAAUAACAUUCGGAAGCCCCGUCAGUCGUCAGUAAAUCUUACUACAGUGAUACAAACAUAGCGAAAUGAAAACCUUAGAAAAGACUUGGAGACUUAGAUAUUCUAUAGGGAAACCAUCCAACGCAAAUCUCGAAUCGAAGGUGCUUUUUGUCCUCUGACGGCGGCUAGCCAAAGCAAACGCAAAGUGAAUAGCAUUCAACUAAAACUGUACUAUUUUGUUAAAUAAUGCAUAAAUUCUGUAGUUCUAAACCAAUUGUAAAUAUAGUUGAAAACGAAGGAAAACAUUUGCUCAAUCCUAAUCCUAGCAAUAAUGCCAAUCGCAACAGUGAAGCAAACGAAUCGUUACUUACCCAAGGAUUUCAAAUCGAAAACAGUUGUCAUAGAUUUGUUCCAUUACUUGCUCGUUUACCAAACGAUAUUGUUUUUUCGGAAGCACUUAUUUGGUAAUGAUUGCCAUUAUGCUCGUCUGCUAUCAAGCAUCCUGAUAUAUGAUAUCUGUUAUACUUAAAUGUUUAAAACAAAUCAUUUUCGAUCAUGUGGGUAUAUCAAGAAUCCUAAUUCCGCUUCUUAUCCGGGACAGAUAGUUCGAUUAUAAAGAAACAUUAUUGUGCAAGAAAUGCAAGAAAUAAGAUGUAUAUGUCUGCAUUACUCGUAAUUAACAUUUACAUCAAUUUUAAUGGUACCAACAUAUUUAAAGUCCAUCAGACCAUAUUCUUCGUACUGAUUCAAAUACCCACAUAUUGUAUGAAAACUUCUUAGUGUGGAGUAAUCUUAAAAUGGAAUGUUUUAAACAUUUAAGCCAAGCAAAGUACCAAAAUGCAUAUUCCUAUUCCGAUUACAUAUUUCUGAAGUGAAACCUUUAUGUGCUCAAAGUGCCAACGAAACAGAACAAUAAUUUGAACAACGAUCUAGCAACAAAAAAUGUAAAAUAAAAUUGUCGUUUGUUUUCACGUUGAUUGUUUUUAUCCAUCUCAGAGGUGACAAUAAUCGUAAAUUAAGCAAGUUCGUCAACCAACCGUUCGCAAUUUGUAGACAAUUAAUAGAUAUUAGGUCAAGUUUUAAAAUUUAUUAUGAAUUUGAUGCCAACCAUUUAGUAGCAAUCAACGAGAACUACUGUACGCGCUGUGCAAUAAACGCCCAAACAACAAGUUGAUUAAUGUUGGUUACAAUAAAUGAACUUUAUUUUUUUAUAAUAAGCGAA